AUGGAGGCCAUAGCGAAUGUAAUUGGUUUGGACUUUGAAUAUUUCCCUGCCGUUUCUAGGGAUGACUUCGGUAUUUUAGAAAAAUACAAUUUCGACAUUGCACCCAACCACAAAACUUGUUACGUUAGUCACUAUAGAGUCUUCGAAUCAAUAGUUAGUAACGGAUAUAGUAGCGCCUUGGUUUUAGAAGACGAUAUCGACCUCGAGAUCAACAUUUCAUCGAUAAUGAUUGACAUUUAUCGCAUUUUACCCGCUGAUUGGGAAAUGUUAUACCUUGGACAUUGCACCUGGGAAGGAAAUGGAGAGCUUGUGGGUAACGCCUCCGAUUUUAAACUACUCAAAUCCACAGCGCCAGCUUGUACGCAUGCUUAUGCCGUUUCACUCUUGGGCGCAAAAAAAUUAAUAAGGGAGUUAGUUCGUCCAUCGAGGCCAGUUGAUCUGGAAAUAAGUAAUAAGAUUGAAUCAGGAAUCAUCACCUCAUAUAGCCUUGAGCCAUCGGUUAUCGUACAGUGGAAAUCCAAGGACAAUCCAUCAGAUGUCUCUCCCGGAUCAAUGCAAUGGUCCUAUCCUUUAAAGAAUUCAACCCUACACUUUCUCGGCUACAAAGAAAUAUAG